CGAGCUCGUCCAUCUCCUUGACCUGCCCAAGCGAAACUCCUUCGAUCGCAUGCAGUUGUCUUUCAAAGCACGAUUCCAUCAUACUAAGGCCAACGAUGUAUCAAAACGGAUGAGCAUUCCGCGCACUUGUGUCACAACAAGGUGACGUUCCGAUCGUACUUCGCCGAUCUUGAUCGUUGCUUUGUGUUCGCGAGCAACUCUGGACCGUGAUCAGAUCGCUCAGAAUGGCCAGCGCAGUACUUGGCAAGCUGCCGUCUAGCUGGGUUGCUUCGUUCAGCAACUCUUCAUUGACAUUCAGAUGGACCUUCGCCAGUAUCGUCUCCAGCAUGAUCGGCGUUAUGACAAUAGCGUGGUGGACGAACAACCUUCACUUCUCGCGGCGACUGCGAAGAAACAGCGCCUCCUCAACCGAUCCCGGCGUCCUUAGAAAGGGCACAACGUUCGAAAGCUACGAAACACCCUCCGGCCAUGUCUACCCAAAGAUCCGAACAUUCUUCCAUCCUCAUCCAAACGCAGACAAGCUACCAAAAGACAUCCCUCUCCUGGUCUUCGCACACGGUCUGGGUGGAUCUGCUGCGCAAUUCGCACUACUACUCAAUUCCCUCGUCAACAUCGCGCCAUGCCUUGCCAUCGACUUGCCUGGCUGUGGACUUUCAGACUUCAAGCCGAGGACGGUGGAGGCCUACACGACCACCGCACUGGCAGAACUGCUCUACACGGCGAUUGAGCGCUUCCGCGACAAAGGCAACAACCAAAAGGUUGUAUUGAUUGGCCACAGCAUGGGCUGCUCGAUCUCUGCUCUUCUUGCGUCUUGGAGCUCGCCAUUGGCACAUCUCUGCACAGACCACAUAUCCGGCAUGAUCGCAAUGUGUCCACGAUCUUCUCCUCUUUCCGAGCACGAACAGAAAGGGGUCAUUUUUUUGAGCAAGCUGCCUCUGCCAGUCUUUGAGUUCAUGAGGUUUCUCGAUCGCCGUGGCGGCAUUCACAGUAAGUCGGUCGCUCGCAUGGCAGGCAAACAAGCCGACGCAGAGACGCGCAAGUUCCAACUCCGCUUCAACCAGCAAUCCCGCUCAACAACAUAUCGCGCUAUGACUACUGCAAUGCUUCUUCAAGAGCAGUGUACCGCAUCAAAGAACGAGGAAAGCCUCCUCAGCAGACGAACCUGGUCCGGUAUUCGUGUUCCCCUCUUACUCCUGACCGCCAAAGACGAUACAGUCACUCCUCCCUCCGAAGUCGCCCAAAUUACUACCUGGCUCACCCGCAAAGACUCAGCGAAUGACACCUCUGACCUCAACACACCACCGACCGUCUCGCCACCUGCCCACCUCCAAGUCCGCACGUUCGCUUCACCCGCCUCACACGCCCUACCCUACACUCCGCCAUCCCUCCGCCUCCUCGCCGGCACCAUCGAAUCGUUCCUCUCCCAUCAUGUCUCGAAGUCCCUCAACCCAGGUCUCCAGCUUCAACUCCUUACCACAACCGGCAAAUGGGACGUCAAAAACUUCGAAAAGUGGCGAAAAGUCCUCCCCUGCUCGCCUCCCAUCGCAGACAUCUUCCGAUCGAUGAAGACAAUGAGGGAACUCGACGACGAGCAUUGUCCUGAAGGCUUCGUCGAACGUUUUGGUUGGAAGAAUAAAGAUGACGGCGUGUGGGCGGUCGUUGAUAUUUCUCAUGGCACGCCGGUGUAUGAUCCACAAGGUCUAGAAAGCAGAUGCGUCAAGUACGUCAAGUUCCCGACUGUGAGCAAGCUGCCGCCGAGCGCGGACGAUGUCGAGGGAUUUAUUGGAACGAUCGAUCGACUGCGAGAAGAGUUGGAAGAGGUGGUGAAGGCGAGAGAUGGUGAAAGCAUAGGGGAGAAGUCGAAGCCAACGAUCGGAGUUCAUUGCCAUUAUGGCUACAACCGCACGGGAUAUCUGGUCGUGUGUUAUCUCGUCGAGCGGCUGGAGUACAACGUGAAGGAUGCAGUGGAGGCGUUCGCAAAGGCCAAACCGCCGGGCAUCAAGCAUGACUUCUUUGUGGAUGAGUUAAAAGUUUUCAUCAUCAUCAUCAACGUAAACAUACCAACGACCUCCACGCGCGCGACGAUGGAUUGGAUGGAGUGGUGCUGGUUCCUGGUGGCGAGGGAGGAUGGGGAGGAGGGAGGGGGGGUGAGUGGUGGCGGUGGUGGAGAGGAGGAGGUGAAGGAGGCGAAGAAGGAGGCGAAGAAGGAGGAGAAGAAGGAGGAGAAGAAGGAGGAGAAGAAGGAGGAGAAGAAGGAGAAAGAUUCGUAA